AGGUUUUGCACAAUGUGGAGGGUGACUUUGUCAAAGGCGGCUCGAGUUCAGUCCCUUAAGGGCUUAGCACCUUCUUUUCAAGUUGCAGGUGAGACUAACACAUGCUGCUCAGCCAUGAAAUUAAAAGAAGCUGAUCAUGUUAGCUAAUAAAAUGAGCAGGGCCUUGAUAUUUUGCCGUCAUGUUAUCCUCAUGGAUCUCCUUAUUAGACUGACUGGGCUGUUAGAGUUUCAUAAUGUCCCUGUCAGAAAUAGAAGAUUGGAAAUGUCUACUAGCUAUACCACACAAGGAAUGAAUAGACAUGCGCACAAUUAUUGAUUUGGGAAACCUGUCGUUUCAUACCUAAGUCAAUAGCAACCGGGCAAGUUGCCUGAAAGUCAUCUUGACUAAAUGACUUUCAGGCAACGUGACCGUAAACCAAGUCAAUUUGAACCCAGAAGGUUCGUACCCACAUUUAACAGAGUGAAUACAGCUCAAUAAUAAAAACACACUUCACAUGAAGUAUACCUUGUUCGGUAAGCCAUGAGGUAAAAUAGUACACUAUGAAUUUAAUAUACUUCGUUCUUAAGCCACAAAACAGAUGCCACACAAGUCAUGUGACACUGAGUACGAAUCAACUUGGGUAUGAAUCAAGUUGGGUAUGAAUUAAUGACUGUAAAGCAUUGCUAAUACCUACACAUUGCAAAUUAAUGCCUAGCUCCAAUAAGUGUUAUAUAGGCAUUUACUUUUAUCAAUUUAUGAGUAUUCUUAUUUUCAGCUCAACAUUAUGUGACUGCAGCUCCAGCACCAGAGAAGAUUGAAGUGUGUGUCGAUGACAAAAGCCUGUUGGUUGAUCCAGGAAUGACAGUGCUACAGGUCAGUAAUACAGGGAUGUUGAAUAACAGCCAGCUUUUGGCUUAUUUCACUGGCCAAAAUAGAGCUUUCCACCAGCUCAAAUUAUUCUGGAGAACUAAAAUAUGGGGUAAUUUUGAAGAUGCUGUUGAGUAAAUAACCUUGACUUAUGAAGUAUGGUUACAUGUAGCUUUUCCUUCACCACACGAUGUAUAUCCGCGGGUUUAAGUUUUCAGUGGCUUGAAGAAUCUGGGAAUAGGAACAAAAACUGAAAAGUAAAUAAAUAAUACAGGCCUUUAUUGAUGAUUAGGCAAUGUGUUAAAUCAGGUUUAUUACAAAGAAAGGGUAUAAACAGAAUGAUAUUUUGGUAACAAAACAUUGUAUAGCAUGAUACAAAGGAGAUAACUUACUGAUAACGAAUAACACCAAGGACCUUUUAAUAAUUUUUAGGGAGGGCUGGUGCCUUCUGAUUAACUGCAAAUUAUCCUUACAACUUAGAUGUGCUUACAAAUCAAAGGGAGUAUUUGACAUAAGAGGAGGAGUCAGUUAGGGUGCUGAACAAUACGUGCACAUUUAUUCAAAGAAUACACCCACAGCAGAUGCCCUUUUAGGCAAAAACCUUGGUUUUUAGCCCAUGUUGUUUCUCAGUCAUUAUCUUCUCUGAUUCGUUGUUCUUUAGGCUUGUGCCAUGGCUGGUGUUGAAAUUCCAAGAUUCUGUUAUCAUGACAGACUUUCUAUUGCUGGUAACUGCCGCAUGUGUCUUGUAGAAGUGGAGAGAUCUCUCAAGGUUGGGCUCAUAUUCUUUUGUCAUCAACUGUUGCAAUGAUGAUAGAAGAGAAAUUCAUUUGAAUUUCAGUUAAAUUUAUCAAUAAUAAUAUUACCUGUAUUCACUCAUAGAAAGUCUUGUUGACUUACAUAAUUAAAAUAUUGCAAAUCGCACGUUGAUACCAGAUGACCUUGAUUAUACUACGCUCUAGUCCUUCUAUUGGGUGCUCUGCCGAUAGGCAUGCAUAUGCAUCAACUGGUAUAAUUAAAAUACUGGGUAGAUUUACAAUGCAUAGAGUCUUACAUGUAUUCACUGCAAGCAAUAAACAUAAGUUUCUUCUUGAUAACAAAAAAGAAUAGUAACAGUUUACACACUAGGAAAAUAGCAGAUAAAAGUAAUUUGUCCCAAAAACCUGUACUUAUACUUGUGUACACAUAUCGGUAAUGAACUAUAAAAUGACAAAGAAAAACUUUCUUCACAUACAUGUAUUUCAAAAUUUGUUUACAGUAAACAUGAUUUUAAUUUUAGCCGUUAUUUGGUGCCUUUGUUGGCCAGUUUUUUUGUCUUUCUUUAAAAUGAAAACAUGAUCAUAGCAAUGGUAAUUGUAAUUUAAUUUUUUUGCGAGUAAACCCGAGAAAAAUUUUGGGUCUUGAACACACAUGGCCUCGGCAUUAACACUGCAGUGCUCUACCAUUUGAGCUAUGAACUGGAUUUUCAUUAAGAAUUCUAGUAGCAGGAAAAAGGUGUAACAUUAGAGGAGAAUAUUUUGAAAGAGGCGCCAAUUCUGAAUAAAUUGUCAUAGGAUACGGAACAUUAGUCAGAGAAUUCUGCAUAGUAAACAGAGAAUUAUCCAAUCUCUGAUGCCUAAUAAACCCAUACAGUGGGAGCAGGCCAAUUUGUUGAGUUCAUAUUAACCCAUGAAAGGAAUGAAAGUGUGAAGACCCAUACAGUAUGAGUCUUCAUAGCUCAAAUGGUAGAGUACUGCAGCGCUAUCGCAGAGGCCAUGUGUCUGAAUCCCGUGGAAGUCCAGAAAUUUUUUCGGGUUUACUUGCAAUUGCUUAAAUUGCAAUUACCACUGCGAUGAUCAUAUCUUUAUUUAAAAUUUGUAUUUCUGCAGUUCACAUCGUCAGUUUUUUAGUCUGUCAAAUUAACUUACUGUUUUCAUUUCAUUGCUGUAGCCUGUUGCAUCUUGUGCAAUGCCUGUUAUGAAAGGGAUGAAGAUCAAAACAGACUCACCAAUGACAAGAAAAGCCAGGUAAUCCUACAGUGCUCAGUAUUUAUAUUGGUCAUGUAAUCUGAUGAGCUUCUACAUGUAUUAUAGAAAAAUAAGGGAUUUUUUAAUAUUCUUUUAACCCAUUUGCCCCCAUAACCACCCAUACGGAUCCACGUCCCUUCUACUGCUUGUGACAUCAUCAAUUUUCAUGGUCAAUGACAACUUUUUCUGCUAACUUGUUCAGAAUGAAGAGAUCUUUAAAACCAUAUGAUCAGAAUGAGCAUGAUUCAGUCAAGGACACCAGACAAAAAGGCAAAAAAGACAAUGUAACAUUGACCUGAAAAUUUCUAUGAAAAUCUUGUUCCACUACCCACCUACCACCUACCACCUACCUUUCCUUUCAUCUAAUCCUAAGAUCCUAAAAGUUUUCCCAAAAAUGAAGCCUACUAAAUGCCAAGCAAAAGAAAAAAAUGAGGCAAGUAAAGCGAAAAAAGAGGGGAGGAGAGAAAGCAAAAAGUAACAGUCAAGACUGCUGUGUCACUUUUAAACCCCAAAACUAUCACAAAAUUUUGCUUUCAGCGCAUGCCCAAAUUUUGUAAGCUAAUAUUUUGUAUCUGGAUCAGAAGGUUGCAAGGUGUACAACCUGUAAAUAGCUUUAUGGUAGGUUUUAGCUUUUUAUAGCAUGACAGUGACCAGAAAACUGCUUGACUAGCUUCAAAACAUAUUUUUGGGCAAAAUUUCUGGAGCGAAUGGGUAAAUCUUGAGCAACUCAAGGUCAAACAUCAGGGCUGUGCUCUAAGAACAAUAAUGGACGGGCAGGGCCCAAAUGCUCUUAACAUACAGUUUGUAUGAUUUCCUGCUGCAUAGAUCAAAAUCCAAUAGGGGCUGCUGGAGUAUGGCCCUGAACUCCACUGCUUUAUUAAGACUGUAUACAUGUAUCUGAAGGUCUUCUUAGAAUAGCCAUUUUAUGUUAACCAGCAACUUAACUGAAGAUUGAUCUCAAUCAGUGGUGUUGACUACAGCCAGCGUGCUCCUUCCUUGGUGAUCUGGCCAGAGUUUGGGUUUGAACUGUGUUUAAAUGUGAAAAAUCGUGCCCAUGAGAAGGGCACUCUACCAACAGAGCUACAUGUAAAGAGUGACAUGUGUACUGUUACUGUAGCUCAGUUGGUUUGGUAUGUGUAAAACUGGAACAUCUUGGGCAGACAAAUCUAACAUUAACAUUCUACAUGGGUUUGUAGCUGCAGUUGGCUUUAGAGCGAUAUAUAUAUAUAGAGACAUGAGGAUUCUAAAAUAUUUCUCCAAUCCAUGUUGUUUCCACCAGGGAGGGAGUGAUGGAGUUUCUGUUGGUGAAUCAUCCACUGGACUGCCCCAUAUGUGAUCAGGGUGGAGAGUGUGACUUGCAGGACCAAUCCAUGGCAUUUGGUAGUGACAGAAGCAGAUUUGUGGACAACAGAUUUUCAGGGAAAAGGUAAUGUAACACCAUCAGUUACCAUACUAUACUCUAUGUAAAAGCACUUCCCUUCUCAACUGAUUAUUGAUGAUUGUUUUUGUGUUUUCAAAGGGCUGUGGAAGAUAAAAAUGUUGGACCACUGGUAAAGACCAUCAUGACUCGCUGCAUUCACUGCACAAGAUGCAUCAGGUUAGAUUAUUAAAGGGUGAUUUGAGAACAAAAAUAAUAAUGAAAUUUAACAGUGAAAUAAUGUAUUUCUCAUUUAAAUAAAUGUAAAACUGUAUUUUGGCUGCUGCAUGUAUGUUUCAUUCCUUUAACAGAUUAAGAUGAAGUCAACAAAUUGGCGUGCCCACAAUGUCUGGGUCUUCACAGCUCAGUUGGUAGAGCACUGCAGUGCUAAGGCAGAGGCUGUGGGUUUGAAUCCCAUUAAAGUCCCAAAAUUUUGUGGGGGUUAAUUUCCAGUUAAUUGCCAUUAGAUUAGUAUUAGAACUGUUUCAAUCACAUCUUCAUUUAAAAUAAUGUAGUAUUUACUAAUCCUGAGGGUGGGUUUCCACUGUCACAUAAUUUAUUUUUACGUGCCUACACACAGUAAAUUUCUGUGCGUAUGUAUGAAGGGCGUAAAAGUUGAGCGAGGUUCAACUUUUACUUUUACACAUGACUUUCCAUACAUUGCCUUGUUUUUUUUAUUUACUCAUUUAUAAUUUACAUGUGUAUGCAAAUGAAAAUAAGGUGACAGUGGAAAGCGACCUUUUGGCAAAUAAAUUAUAAUGAAGCCCUGAACUAAUCAGCAGCCAUAAAUCUCUGUAACCAUGGUACAUCUACGUGACCUUGAACAUUUCACUAUUAACACUGUUAGGUUUGCCAGUGAGAUAGCAGGUGUAGAUGAUCUGGGCACAACUGGUAGAGGAAAUGACAUGCAAGUGGGAACGUAUGUGGAGAAAAUGUUUAAAUCAGAAUUGUCUGGAAAUGUUGUUGGUAUGUAAACAUAUUGAGUUGUAUUCAGCCUAAUAAACAAUUUAAAAAGGCAGAAAUAGAGAAAUGAGCUGCUCCAUUUCACCAGUGGCAAACGCUGUGGGGCCAGCAAGCAAAAAAUAAUAAAUUAAUACAUCAUAUCUGUAGCACAUCGACCAGUUGCAUACAUGUAUCAUUAACCUAACAUCAGAUGUGACUAGUACAGUAGAACCUCGAUGUAACAAAGUCUACGGUUUAAUGAAUGAUUUUCUUUACCCCAUUGAUAGUAAAGUAUGUGUAAAAGGAUCUCGUUAUAAUGAAACUUCAUUAAUGUGAACACAUUUUGCCAGUCCCUUGGUCCUUUGUUAUAUCGAGGUUCCAAUGUAACAUCUUGCAUUAAAAUAGUGGGUGUUUGGCUGAUUACCAGCCAUUCUACUUAACAAUAUUAUCCAUUCGUAGAUUAAAUCAAAAAUAAUUCCCUUCUUAUGUUGAUAUUAAUUUUUAUAUUAGGGCUAUUUAACAAAGGAAAUUCUGCAUCAAGCUAUGUUGUAUACUGAUGUAACCUGAAAACAGACUGAUUUUAUUUGCAACAGUAAUGUCCUGUGUAAAAAAAUGUACAACUGUCCCCAGAGCUGUUGGAGGUCAGUUUUGUUUAGCUGCUUCUGAAUCAUAUUUUCUGUCCUCAGAUCUCUGUCCAGUUGGUGCACUAACAUCAAAGCCUUAUGCAUUUACUGCCAGGCCAUGGGAACUAAGGUAUGUAUUAUUGAAACAUGGAUUGCAGCUGCUGUAAGUGGUUUUGUGCUUAGUGAAACGAGUACUACAAUUUUAAGUGGCAGUUUCAAGAAUUUUCCACAAGAUCUAUUCAUUUUCUAGGUGUUUUCCUAAGAAAAUUAGAGCUUAAAUCUCCUUGUUUAUCAGACUUAAAGAAUUAUCGGUAGUAGGUUUUGAAUGUGUUUUCAAUCCUCUGGUUUUCUCAAUUAAUAGAUAUUUAAGCUCAGCAUUCUGUUGGUGGUUGAAUAUUAUUUUAAAUUACCUAUAAAACAGGAAAACAGAUUCAGUUGAUGUUAUGGAUGCUGUUGGGAGCAAUAUUGUUGUAAAUACAAGAUGUGGUGAAGUUAUGAGAGUCCUACCCAGGAUGAAUGAGGUUUGUCAGUGUUCAUUACCGGUAUUUUAUACUCUGUAUUUUAGUGUGUAAAGCACUGUCACACCUCCAAUGAAGAACAAAAUUUCAUAACAGUUAUUUUUAUGAAAAUUGUUCUAUUGGGUUUUUGUGUGCCAUCAAACAUUUGCAAAUUUAAGUUAAGUGUGCUCUGAAAAUUAAUGAUUGGGCUGGUUUAGCAAACAUGAUUAUGUUGCAUUUUUUCGUGGAGUUUAAUAUUAUGACAAAAAUAUAAUGUUGUAUGUUCAACAACAAAGACCAGAAAAAGUCAAAAUACUGGUCAUUUCUGAAUGCAUCUUUUAGCCAUGAGCAAUGAAAAUUACAGUUGGGGCAUUUCGUAGUAAAUUUUUUUUGAUUUUAGCCAAUUUACCGUAGAUUCAAGUGAGAAUAAUUUACAUUAAAUAACUAAAACAAUUCAUGUUUUUUCUCUUGUUGUACAUUCUCCAUUUGGCACGUACAUUUGUCAAGUUGUUGAAUAAACUCCUCAUUUUGCUCUUGUAUUCAUUUAUUUUUUUCUCUAUAAAACGACGAUCCCCUAAAAAUAACGAUUUAAAAAAGAAGAAUUUUGAUUUAAAAAGAAAAAAUAAUUACCUCUAAUAAUUAUUACAAAUUUUAAUUAUUAAAAAUAAAAACAAAUUACUCUUAUAACUGACAGAAUCAUAAUAAUUAUAUUUCUCCAAAUUCGUCAACAUCCAUUCACAUCAUAAUGUUUAAAUGAAUUUUACUCUGCUUCACCAUUAUUGCAAGUCUGUUUUUAACAUGGGUCUCAUCAUUUUAGAGCUAUUGCGGGGUGUAAAACUGUGUUCUUUGACAUUCAAUAAUUUGUUACGAUAGCCUAGUGCAGAGGAGUCCUUUGCUGCUCUCAUGAUUGCAUGUACAGUUAAUUUUUAUUUCAGUUAAGUUUAAUUUUUUCAUUGUUUUGAGGGACGGUAAUGUAUGCUAAUGAAUUUAACACAAAGGGAAAACAAAAAUUAACUGAAAUAUCCACUGCAACAUCCACUGUAUCUGCCUGUACUUGUUUCUAGCUGAAACCAAAAAUAUCUUUUUGCCAUUUUAGGAUAUUAAUGAGGAAUGGAUUUCUGACAAAACUAGGUAAGAGACAGGAUAGGUAUUAUUAACCCCAAAGGAAAUUUCCUUUGAAGCCACAAAAAGGACUACUGGUUCCAAAAUUGAUAGAGCCGGCCAGCAUUCUUUCAAGUUUAAUGUGGCCUAAAUUACAUUUAGGCACAUUUAAAAAAAAAACAUUUUUUUGUGAUAUAAGAUAAUGAUAGUGUUACACCCAAGAUUCAGAUUGUUUUACUUUACUGAAAAUUGUUGUUUUGUAUCAGAUAUUCCUAUGAUGGCCUGAAGCGUCAGCGCCUGACCAAACCAAUGAUGAAAGAUGAAUCAGGCAACCUCACACCCUGUACAUGGGAGGAAGCACUGGUUGAAGUGGCUCAGAAAAUGACUCAUCUCAGUGGUAAUGAAAUAGCAGCAGUCGCUGGUGGGUUUGCAGAUGCCGAGGCUCUUGUAGCUCUGAAAGAUCUACUGAAUAGUUAUGACAGUGAAGGAUUGUACACUGAAGAAGGAUUUCCAUCUGAUGGCUCGGGGUAGGUAAUGAAGCCUGAGAAAAGAGCCUACUUUUGGCGAUGCUUAGCUACCACUAGUUUCACCGCAAAAUGACGUCUGAGGAACAAUUACAGCAAUUCCAUGCUGAUGACGUGUGUGUACCCUGGCUGAUCUGAGUAGUGCUUCUCAUGGGUCGUGCUUCUGUACUUCAUAAUGCAGGAACUAGAACCCAUGCUAAUCCAAAUCAGAAGAAAAUUUCAACUAUUGAAUAAACUGCUCCCCUCUUCUUUCCACGUAUCAAAAAUAAUUGUAUUUCAUUUGCCCCUCUUAACCCUUUAAGCCCCAAUAUCCACAUAUAAAUUCUCCAAACUGAUCUCCAUACAUUUCCUUUAAGAAUUAGUUGAGAGAAUUUGAUAGCAGAUUAAAGUAAUUUCUCUUUAGUGAUCAUUUCAUAAAUUCUCAUAAGCUAAUCUCUUGACAAGGUAUGAAUAUUGUUGGGAGAAAAUUGGUGUUGGUCACCAUUGGGACUGAGGAGGUUAAACCACUUAUUUGCAAAAUUAGUUUCUGAAAGCAACCAAACAAAUUAACGGUUGUCACACCUGUUUUUAUUCUUUUUUGUGUGUAAUGGGCCAUACAUUGUAUUUCUUUUUCAGAACUGACUUUAGAUCCAGUUAUAUCAUGAAUACCACUAUUGCAGGAAUUGAGGUAGCAUUUAUUUUUCUUGUUGAAUGCAGUACUAGAGUUAUAUUACAUUUUCGUUCGUUACUGAUUAUACUUUGACUGUUCCACUAUAAACAAAGAAUUUACAUGUAGUGUUUUUAUCAUAGAUAGAUAGAAAACUUUAUUAAUGUGUCGGAGCCACAUAGCUUGGGAAAACCCCCUACUAAUUUUGGGACACAAUAUAUAAUUAUUGGAAUUACGUGUACAAUAUAAACGUAAAAAGAUUGGAGCUACGCAUAAUUUAUUACAAUCCAAUGAGCAUCUAAAGUGAGUAGUAUUCGCUACAAGACUGAGGAGAAUUUUAAUAUUAAAUGAUUAUGAGGAGUAGAGAGAACAGUCUUUACAUCCACCAUCUAUCGUUGACCUUACAUCAUUUUUACGAAUUCUGCUUUUUAAAAAACGGGAAUAAAAGGGAUUUGCAGUUUCUUUGUCAUAAUUCUGUUUUACAUUGAAGUCAUGUCUCAUUGUUUUGCUCAUAUUUUUCCAGGAUGCGGAUGUACUGUUAAUAGUUGGUGCUAAUCCCAGAUAUGAAGCUCCACUAGUGAAUGCCCGCAUCCGUAAAGGGUAAGUAAACAAUUACAUUUGUACUAAACACAGUCAUGAAAGAUCAUCGCAGUUCAGUUAUCUGCGCAACUUAAGAAGUUGCGAAAAGAGAGGCUGGAAAAAAAUCAGGUUUGAACAUGAACCCAUGACUUGAACUGCAUAAUUGUUGUAGUGCCCCUACUACUGAGCUCUCAAGCCAACUCAAGGCUGGUCACUUUGCGAGUUUGUGAUGUACCCCUAGAGAAUGAAGACAUGAAAGUUGCAAAACAUACAAUGAAACUGCAAGGUUAUUCCACAUAUUUAAGCAUAUUAUGUGGUUAUAUCAGUAGGUUGUUGUGUGGCAGGUAAUUUCUUACAGUGCCAAAACAAACUGGUACUGGUUAAGAACUGCCGCUUUGAUCUUAGAAGAAAUCACGAACCAUCUUCCCAAUCAUUUCUCUGUCUUCUUAUUUCUCCUUGUAGAUGGAUGCAUAAUGACCUUCAAGUAGGACUUGUUGGUACCAAGGUCGAUCUUACCUACACUUAUGAGGUAAACCUAAGUUGUCUCUGUAUUUUUAAUAUUAAACAACGGGAAACAGAAUUAACUGUUUUCCUUGAGAACAAUCUUUAAGUGAUUUGUUGUUGCUAUUAUCUCCGCUUGUUUUCUUUCCAGCAUCUUGGAGAUUCGGCCAGUGUCCUGAAAGAGAUCGUAUCUGGAAGCCAUGCAUUCUCAAAGGUAUCUGUUAUAACACUGGGUUUGCAUUACCGAAUAAAAAUAGCUUUUUCCAGCCUUGGCAGUGCAUUUGCUCCAAAUUAAUUCCAUUACUUGAAUGUUCUUAGUUGGUAUUCGGCAAAUCUGUAGCCUGUAGUCCAGGCUUUUUUUUUCGGUGGUCGACGUGGGGAGUACUAUUCUUCGCUCAUGGUUGUGGCGCUUUCUACAGGUGUUGGCAAAUGCUGAACGUCCCAUGAUACUUGUGGGAAACACUGUUCUUCAAGGACAUGACGGUGCUGCUGUUCAUCAAAUAGCCGCUGACAUGUCUCUCCAGCUGAAGAAAUCGAAGAAAGUUGAAAAGGACUGGAAGGUUCUUAAUGUGUUACACAGGGUAGGUCACCUCUAAGCCUGUUUAUUUUUAUCAUUGAUUUCCUCUAUCAAAGAAUGUGACUCCUAAUAAUUAUCAUUUCUAGACGUAAAUACACACAAAGAGAUGAAUGGAAUGGAACUGAAUGGAACAAACUUCCAGAAGAAACUGUUUCCAGCCAAUCCCUCUGUAUUUUUAAAAGCAAACUAAUUUAGUUUUAUUUUUAUCAGUAGUUUUUAAUAGUUUUUAAUAGUUUUGUAUAUUUUAGUAUAGUUUUAUUUAUUAUUAUCUUAGAGUUGGCGUGAUGUCCCAAACGAUUUUGCCGACAUAACGAUAUUUAGAUUUUUAGAUUUAGAUGACAAUUGGCCUAUUUAGCACCAAUUCCUAACAACAUUUUGCAAAGCGCAUUGUAAAACAUACGGCACUACAGUUCGAGUGGCUACCUCCUUCUCAGGCGCUUCGGUUUUCGGCGAGCGCGAAACGGGGGUUACUGGUGAUGAAGCGCAAUGAAUCAUGUGAAGGAGAAAGAAGAGAGGCCGUUUUCUCUUUCCCGUUUUCAUUUGCGCGCGCAAAUUUUCAUCGACAAGGAGACGUCUGGGUGCGAGUCAGGUACAAGUUGCAUUUGGGUGUUGAAGUGGUGAGUGUACCUACAAUGUUUGAUGACUUUUGUUGGUUAUGUUGAUGUCAGGUUGCAAGUCAAGUGGCAGCUCUGGAUCUCGGAUACAAGCCAGGAGUCGACAAAAUGGCAGAGAAACCCAAGUUGCUGUUCCUGCUUGGGGCUGUAAGUUUUCUCAUCAUGGGUAUACAUAAAGCCCAAUUAAGUAUAGAUUUCCCUCCUGACCAAAACACACGUGGAUCCAUUACCUGCAUGUGAAUUCAUUUUUUUAUGGGUUACCGUUUAAAAUCCUAUCCCAUCAUGCCUUUGCCUUCCCGAUUUCUGAACGCAAACAUCGCUGACAAAGGAGAUUUUUGGCUUUUUAGCUGUAAGUACUUUGAGCAUUUCUUGCCUCGCUCAAACAGCUCGAAAUGUUUCGCGGUAUUUUACACUGCAGUAGUUUUUGCUGUCGCUAAUGUGUCAACGAGGCCUAGGAUGGCUUGUAAAAUUCGUUAUAAAUACUUCUUAGUCUUCAAUUUCGUAUUUCACAAUCUGCAGUGUUUUCAACAGUUUUUGAAGUAGGAGUUGCGUUUAUUUGAGUAGGAGUUGCAAGGCCCGGAGGGCCUUGCUCUCUAGGGGGGUCUGGGGGCAUGCCCCCCCCAGGAAAUUUUGAAUUUCUAGACUCUUGGAGGCGCAUUUUCCCGCAUUUUGAGACGCAGAACUAGAAAAUUUUAGAUAUCGAAAAUACUGAUAAAUUUUGAUGCUUUUAGUAACUUUAUUAACCACAAUAUUAGGGUACGCUUUAACCACAUUAUUACCUGCAGCAUCCUUUUUCUUUUUCUUGUUUGUCACUGUCAGCGACCACAUCUCCCGUAAACCACGCUGUCGCUUUUCUGCCAUUUUGCCGUGUUCUUGGAGACGAAAUGUGGCGUUUUAUACAGAGUCGCUUCAGAAACCGCUAACUACAAUGUUCCCUGUAACUGAGACCCAGUCUUCGACUCGUCCUCAACGUUUACUCAACGUAUUACGCAGAGAACGUAUUUUAAAAGCAGACUCAAGAUGUUUUGGCGAAAUUCUCCAGAAAAAUUUCAAGUUUGCUUGCUCGCAACAGCUUUGUGAACACUUACCACUUUUUAUCAAAAGUUUUAUUUGUCAUAUAAUUUACCUAAGGGAAAGUAGGCGUCGCAAAUCAAAAAGUUGCCGUCGGAUGCGACGGCCGACGGCUGAUUUUGAAAACACUGUAAUCUGCAUUGUGAUUGGCUGCAUAGGAACUGAGCAAGUUACUUGAUUACACAGAUUUAUCGUACUGUUAGUUUUAGUUAUUCCUUUCAUCUUUAAAAAGGCAGGCUCUUUGGCAAUCAAGCAGCGCUUGGCUUAAAGGGUAGAUCAAAAUAAUCUUCCCCUCGUUGAUGAAGAUUUAUGUAUUUUUAUUGACUUGAUGCGAAAGCGUCGUUAAUUAAUAAAUGGAGAUGUAUCAAAUAACUUGUCUUUGUUUUCAACAGGAUGCUGGUCUGGUGAAACGUGAAGAUCUUCCUAAGGACUGCUUUAUUGUUUAUCAAGGUAUGUACUGUAUCUUCUGCACUGUAUGAUAACCAACCUUCUUACGUGUGCGUGCGUCUUUUGAGCUGAGUUGUCCUCUGUAGGUCACCAUGGCGACCAUGGAGCACACAUGGCUGACGUCAUACUUCCUGGUGCAGCGUACACAGAAAAGACAGCAACUUACGUUAACACAGAGGGGCGGGCCCAGCAGACUAGAAGGGCUGUGACGCCACCCGUGUACGCGAGAGAUGACUGGAAGAUCAUCAGAGCACUAUCAGAGGUGAGCUACUAUUAACGGUACUGAUCGCCAAUAGAUCUUUUCUUUAAAAAAGGAACAUGUAAACGUGGUGAAACAAAUAUAUGAUCAUGUUAGAAUGAAAGAAGGAGGAACUUUCCUAAUUAACGUAAGGUAAAUUUGAAGGAUUUGUGUGUUAAUUUCUCGUUGCAUUGAUUUUGUUCACCAACAGAUUGCAGGUUAUUCCCUUCCUUACGAUAACCUGGAAGAAAUCAGGCGAAGACUUUCCGAAGUUUCUCCGAACUUGACUCGAUAUGGUGACGUGGAGGAGGCCAACUUCUUCAACUUGGCCCUGGGAUUGAUGCAGGUAAAAGCCAUUUAGAUGAAUCAAAACUUACAAAAGUUCAUCAUGAUCCUUUAUACAUUAUCUAGCUAAUUGAAAUAAUAAAUUCAGCAGAUUCCGAGGUAAAAAAAAAAUUAUUUUCUUUGUUGGUUAAUUAUCAACAAACCCCAGCCCAACCUCUAUCCAGGUACACUUGCCUUGGUCCCGAGGGUGUUCCCUGAAGAAAGGUUUUACUGUAGUUACCUUUAAAAGUCUAAUAAUGAUAAUAAUAAUGCAUGAUAGACUGCUUCAGAGGUGAAUGGUUUUUAAAAUUCAAGACAUUUCAUCUGUAGUCACUGUCCAACCUUUUGAGUACGUAAAAUCGGGAUAUUUUUUAUUAGUGAAAUCCAACUGGUGGUCUAUUAUCAAUGCUGGGUUCUGAUUGGUUGAGCUACUACUAGCCCACUGGUAGCAAAAAGCGCCGGCUUUAAAAACCACAACAAUGGCUUUAAGUCUAGCUUUAAAUUGCGAAAGUUGUUUUGUCUCGAUAUUUUUGACCAACUAGCUGGAUUUUACUAAAACAAUUAUUCCUCUUGCCCUCAUGACCUCUGAGUCAAUAGUCCAUUCGGGCUCGUGGAAUAAUUGUUAAAUAACCGUCGAAUCACGUGAGCGCGGAGGGUGCGAGCCGCAAGGGGUCUGGAAGCAUGCUACCGUGGAAAAUUUAUUGCGUUCUGAGAGGGUGAUUCUUUCUAAAAUGUUCGCCAAAUUAAUUGUUAUUUUUAUGCCUAUUUUUAUUCGCAUGUUUUUACAUACUAGUACUUGAUUUUGUUUUAUAUCUCAGGCGGUACAUUUAAGUUUUCUGUAUAUCAACCGCGUUAAGUACACUCUGUUACGUGUUCUUAUGUAUUUACCAAAACUGAUGUGAAAUUCGGGAUUUUGUCUAUCCCGAUCGCAUAUUGUUCGGGAUUCGGAAUUUUUGAGCAAAAUCGGGAGAAUUCCGACGAGAUCGGGAUGGUUGGACAGUCUUUUAAUAGUAAACACUUCUGUAUUCUUACAAUUGCCUUCAUUUCCGUUCAUCUGUAGAGCUCCAAAGCCCAGCUACCGAAGAGCCCGCUGCAGCCCAGUAUUCUGGAACUAAAGGAUUUCUACAUGACAGACGCCAUCAGUCGUGCUUCUCAGACCAUGGCCAAAUGCGUGAACGCAGUAAAAACUAUGAAAUAAGACUAUCAUCUAUUGAAGUUCUGAUCGAUUCAGUUGUAAAUAGGUCGUUCAUGGAAGCCAUUUUGAUACAGAGAUGAUUGCUGAUUGACAAGUUUGGCUUUUCUUUGAAUUAGAAUGGCAUUCUUGAGGACUUUGGAGAUAAAUUUAUGCUUAAAUUCGAGAGGUAAACUAACAAAAUGCCUAGUGCAGAUAAAAGGGACCUUAAGCAAGGAGAACGACGACGGCAGUGGAAACGUCGGUAAAAAAAUGAAUUUGCGUUCUUUCAAACUUAAUCGCGUCUAUUUGGGCCCGCUCAAUAUGUAAAAUGCAGGCGACUUUUCCUGGUGUUGAAUUCUUAAGGAUUUUAUUCAGGUUCAAAUAGAGGAAGGAAAAUUCGUCGUCGUAUGUCCACGUCCUCCAUAAAACGUCAAAUUAGGAGGUUUCAAGUCGCAGUGGACGUCAAAAAAAUGUACUAAAAAGCGUGAUACACGCGCAGAGUUGUUGUUUUGAUCAUUAAAACUAUUGUCUUUUUGAAGUCGUCGUUGUGGUCGUCGUCGUAUUGGCCUAAGCUCCGUAAAAAGAGAAGAAA